GUGAAAACAACGACAUGGAGAUGAUAUCUCCGACCGUAUCUGUCAGACGCCUCUUUCUAGUGCUGAUGUCCGCGUAGAGUUGUAGAGGACAUGAUUGUGUGCAGCCACAACUUACUCGCUGUGGCGCUCGUACGACCAAAGCACCAGCCACGAAGCUUAGUCGGUCAACUCCGACACCUCGUUGCUUGACUUACCUUGAUGAAUUCCUCCAUCUUCCAUAGCAAUGUGGACAACUUCUGUACCCGAGGCCGAAGAUGCCUGACAUGGCUCCCAACGUCCUCCUCUUUGGAGCAGGUAGCAUCGGUGCUGUGCACCUCUAUCAAUUCCAGCGAGCCGGAUGCCGAGUCGCCGCUGUUUGUCGUUCGAAUUACGAGGCUGUCAGACAGAACGGCUUCACUCUUCUCAGCGAAAGAUUCGGCAAUGUGCAAUUUCGCCCCGAGCUCGUCGUUCGAACUACCGAUGAAUGCCCCAAGGAUGCCGUAUACGACUUCAUAUUUGUCGCGAGGAAAUCCUUCCCAGGCUCAAAGCCACUGCUGACGGACUUGAUUCGACCUGUCGUGAAGCCGGGAACAGCCAUUGUGCUGGCUCAAAAUGGAAUUGCAAUCGAGGACGAAGUCGCCCAGGCAUUUCCGGACAACCCGCUCCUUAGCUGUGCCGUUUAUAUGCCAGCGACUGAAACCGCAAAGGGUGUCAUCGAAUACCCGGAAAUGUUGAAUCGUCUGGAAAUAGGGACAUUUCCGGCCAAUGCGCCUGCGUCUCACAAGGCCGCCGCUUCCAGGUUAGCCCAUCUGGUCAUUUCUGGUGGAGGGCAAGCCGAGGUCCAUGAAGAUAUUCAGAUCGCCCGGUGGCAGAAACUGGUGCUAAACUGCGCAUGGAGUCCAGUUUGUGCUCUGUCAAUGUGUAACGAUGGAGAUUUCCUGCUGACUUCCUCCUACGCUCAUGGUAUUGUCUGGUCCAUUAUGCUGGAGAUCAUCUCCUUGGCUCAGAAAAUAGGUAUUCCCAAUGUUGAUGAACAGGUCGCAGAAAAGCAAAUGGCCAUCGCCAAACGAAGAUCCGAGACUGGAGGCGGCAGACCUGUCAGUAUGUUGCAGGAUGUUCAGCAAGGCAGACUAUUUGAGGUCGAGGCAAUUGUCGGCAAUGCCAUUCGCCUCGGACAACAGUGGGAGGUCAAGAUGCCCUUGACUGAAGCCAUAUAUGCCUUGCUGAAAGGGAGAUUUGAUGCAAUAGUUCGAGAGCAAGAGAGCCUGCGGACUCCAACUUAACGAACGAGGUGGUUGCAUGCUGGCAUCGAACUGGACUCGUCCGUCGCGAGAUCCUGCUUAUGAUGCUGUGUCCAAUCAUCUGCCCCAACAGAAAAAUCUUUGACUGGCCAA